UCCGUUAUCAAAUUUGUUGACAGGCGGGAAUCUGUGAUUAUCUUACGAACGGAAAUAGCCUACGCAUUCCCAUGUUACGCACACUUGUAUAAAGAAACAUAAACAUAGUUGAGAAAACAUUUAUGAGUUAAAUCUACAUAAUCAAAUAUAAACGGUAGGCCCCAUAGAAUACUAGGCCCAGGAUAAGCAGAUAAAAAAGUACGGGUAUCCAAAUUUUCCUACCUCCCCCUACACUCGCAUUUCGUAAUGCAGACCACUUUAGUGGACUGCCCGACUCGACACCAGUCUUGAUCAAGAGUAAAUGGCAGGAUUUCUGUUUAUUCUUUAUAUUCCUAUACCUGAUAACGAGUCAGAGAUAUACAGCAGCUUUGCUGCAGGCUUAGAUGACACCAUAUCAAAGAAACCACAGCCGCGCUUACGUAAAAGGAAAUCCAGUAUCAGCUCAACUUUCAGAAGUAGUAACAGUAUCUCUAGCAAUGCAUCUGCAGGAAAACAAGAAGCUAAUCGACGACCGGAGCGCUCACGCACCAGGCGCCCGUCCGGAAAGAAGGACGUGACACAUCACCAGGGGGAGCUUACUUCCACGAACCCUGACGAGCCAGCCACACCGGCGCCAUCUGUGAUAUGCACCGACGCAGUCGAUGCACCGCCGAUCGUCACGCCAGGGGGAGCCCGCGGCGACGACUCGCCUGCGAGAAAACACAGCCAGGUGGCGCUGGCGAAGAGCGCUGAGGACGCCAGCGACUCCGCGGUGUCCGCGGGCACGCUCGACCGCGAUUCGAAGAACGGCGCCUCCGGGUACGAUUCUGACUCGGAAUCUGGAAGCGCCGCCAACGACGACGUCUACCUACUGUCGACGGAUGCGGAGAAUAGAGAGGACGUCGCCGCCGGCGACGCCGCAGAUGCAGCGGCGGCCGCUCCCUCGUCGCCUGGGUCGCCCAAGCUCGUGGACUUCUUGGAAAAUGUUCCGCUAGCGCAUGUGUUAAAGCAGGCAAUGGGUGCUUUCAAAAUAACCAAUGACACCUGGAUGAAGGUCAGAUGUGGGAAAAUUUACCAGGUGACGUUUGCUGUAAAGACGGUUGAACACUGUGAAGAGCUACUCAACAAACUCACCGGGUUGGGCGUGGGGAGGACGGACGACUCGUCGAUGUGCGUCAUACCGCUGGGAGUCAGCUACGGCCUGAGCGAGGUCACGAGCGCGACGGAGGAAGAGGAGAGCCAGCCGAACCAGCAGAACUUUGCCGCCGAAAAACCGGACGACAGCGAGAAUAUCUCGCGGACGAAGCUGUUCAUGAAAUCGAUCAAGUCCCGGUUGACGGUCGCUCAGGUUGUCGAGAGCGUGAAGGCGCAGACCGUCAUGUCGUUCGACUUCAUCAUGCUGACCGUCCUCGCCAGCAUUAUCGCAGCGAUGGGACUGUGUGAGGACAGCUCGGUCGUGCUCGUUGCAAGCAUGUUAAUCUCACCACUCAUGGGACCGAUCCUCGGCGGCACGUUUGGCACCGUCAUCAAGGACACAAAGCUGCGCAAUGCCAGCAUCAUCACCGAGCUCGUCGGCAUCGCCAUCUGCAUCAUCACCGGUUUUAUUUUUGCACUCAUGGUCAGUGGACUCAGUGACAGCUGGGGUUCGGGGUACUGGCCAACAUAUGAAAUGAAAAGCAGAGGCAUGCUGAGGAGUUGGUAUGUCGGACUGAUGAUUGCCCUGCCCUCUGGUGCCGGGGUUGCACUGUCUGUUCUCGGAGGCAACACGGGGUCGCUGGUGGGCGUGGCCAUCUCCGCAUCACUGCUGCCACCUGCUGUCAACUGUGGCUUCCUCUGGGGAUUCGCCGUCGUGAAGAAGCUGACGUCGCUGACCUACCCGUGCGCGAACAUCAUCGCGCCGCCAGAGGGCAGCAGCUGUCGUCAGCCGGAGUACGCGGCGGAGUACAGCGACUCGCUGGCGGCGGAGGCGCUCAUGCUCGGCGCUGUCAGCCUCGUUCUCACGCUCCUCAACAUCAUCUGCAUCUUCGUGAUGGGCGUCGUCGUGCUGAAGAUAAAGGAGGUCGCUCCUUACACAAGUCAAGCAACCACUAGGAAUUUCUGGAAACAAGAUAUCAAAAUUGCAAGAGACUACAAUCAAACGGUAAAGGGAGAAGACUCGAUUGGGAUGGGUAAACAACUGUUGGAAGAAUUAAAGUCGCAGGCAGUGACUUCUGAGAACACGAGACUCCUCGAUCAGAUGCUGCAGGAAUUAGAAGAGGAUGACGUGUACAGAACUGCAUUGUUUACUUGCAACGGCGUACCUCAGCGGUCGAUCGCCUACAGGGAGCGAUUUCUGACGUCGCGGCCGCUCUCGCUCGACUCCUCCGUGUGCGAGACGGCCGCCUACGGUCCCGCGCGCGCCGACCGAAACGCGCCGCUCCAACACCAGAUGUCGCUACCGCACGGCUUCCUGCGGACGCAGAAUGUGUACAUGCGCGGCCCCGCGACGCGGUCCCCCUGCCGGGCGGGCAGCGUCCGCGAGGGGGCGCCGGCGUUGCGGCUGCCGCGCUCCGACUCCGCGCACAGCGUCAGCAUCGCUCGCUUCACCGUCACGAAGCUCGGCGACGGCGACCACCAGGGGGCGCCGUACGACGAGCGGGACGGCUGCCGGGCGGACGUGCCUCUGCUGGAGGCGCGCGGCGGAGACCGGACGGUUGUGCAGUUCUACGCCGACGAGAGGGCGGCACUGAGCGAGAGCAACGUCUGA